CUUAAAUUAGUGUGUGUGUGUGUGUGUUUUGCAGAACAGAAAGAGCAGAGAGAGAGAGACGUUUGCUGCUUUUUUGGCCAUGGCGGCGUUGCAGAGAGUUGUGAGUCUACCUCUUUAAUGCUCCCAAAACACAAGCCACAUAAUACAAGCCUAAAAAGCAAAUAUCAAAGGACUACUACUUCUUCCAUCUCUUUCUUUGUGAUUUAUCUCUAUCUACAAAAGUCUUCUCUCUUCCUCAACUUUGUCUGUCCAAGAAAAUUUAACAAAAAAGCUGCAACUUUUAUCUAGCCAAAUGCCCUCUUACUGUCACGCGCUUAUAUAGUACAGACAAUAACUGGUAUUUUUUUUUAAAAGAAAAACUUAUUCUUUUCUUUUAUUAUACUCACAAAUCAAGAAAAAAGUGAAGGGAGAGGUACCUACCCAUAUCAUUCUUGGGUCAUAAUCAAACCCAGUGUUCGUGAUCUGCUAUGGAUUGUCAGUCACAAUUGAAUUUUGGAAAAGGCUUAAAGGAGGCAACAAAAUGGCUGGCUUCUUUUCACUAGGUGGUGGAGCAGCAAGUACCAGCCAAGAUCAGCAGGAGACCACCAAUAAUCCUCCUACUGUAAUUGCUCCAGAAAGUAAUUGGUUUUUGUACAGAAAUGAUCAUCAUCAAGAUUUGCCCACAACCUACAGAGGUUUUGAGUUAUGGCAAAACACUAAUUCCCAACCUCAGAUUCGCCAUCCAAUUAAUCCGCUUCAAGAUCUUUAUCCUACAACGGCUGUGGGAUUAGGUAUCGGGCCGAGCCAUAGCGGUUAUCCUACUGUGGCUCGGCCCGAUCACGACCCUCCUUCGGGAGGAGGAGGAUCGGGUUUGGUGAUGAUGAGGAGUGGAGGAGGGGGAAUUAGCUGCCAAGAUUGUGGUAAUCAAGCGAAGAAAGAUUGUACCCACAUGAGAUGUAGGACUUGUUGCAAGAGCCGAGGCUUUCAGUGCCAAACCCAUGUGAGAAGCACUUGGGUUCCAGCCGCUAAAAGGAGAGAAAGGCAACAACAGCUUUCUACUUUACAGCAACAGCAAGAAGAAGAAGAACAACAGCAGCAGCAGCAAACGCUGCAGCUGCACAGAGAUAACCCCAAAAGGCAAAGAGAGGAUCCAAGUGCUUCCUCUCUUGUAUGCACUCAUAUAUUACCUUCCAGUACUUCUGGGUUAGAAGUGGGGAAUUUUCCAGCAAAAGUAACUUCAAAUGCCGUAUUUCACUGCGUUCGAAUGAGCUCCGUUGACGAUGCCGAUGAUCAAUUCGCAUAUCAAACAGCCGUAAACAUUGGUGGCCACGUGUUUAAAGGAAUUCUAUAUGAUCAAGGUCCGGAGAAUCAGUACAUGGCUGCUGGUGAAAGCUCAUCCGGUGGCGGAAGUGCUAGUCACCAACAUAACCUUAUUGGUGCUGCCGGCACCGCCACGUCAGCUGCUACGAGUGGUGGUGGCGGUGGUGGUGCAGCACCCGAAGCCUCACCUUAUCUGGAUCCUUCAUUAUAUCCAGCUCCUCUCAACACUUUCAUGGCUGGUACGCAAUUCUUUCCACCUCCAAGAUCUUGAUGAGCUUCAAUAUUCUUCUACACCGAAAAAAAUUGACAUUUGACUUUUUACUCUGUAAUGAGAUACAGUUAUGUUAGUAAGUAGUCGUUAAGGCUGAAAAAUUCUAGGGGUGGGGGUGGGGUUGGAAUAGAAGCAAAUUGGAAGAAUGGAGGGGGAUGAUGUUUA